AUCGGCAAGACAGGCGUAGGGAAAAGCAGUUUCAUAGAAGCACUAAGUGGAAAAGACAGUCACGGGCACGAAGCUGUGGUGUGCACGGGUACGAUUGACUACUUUAAAGUAAACCUUAACGGCCAAGCUAGUUGUAUCCUCGAUACACCGGGCUUCGAUGACAAUCGCCCUAAUAUGACCGACGAAGAAAUCAUGCGCCAGAUCUUCUACAAACUCUCCAAUACAUUUGAUGGAACCAAAUUGAUAAAGGGUCUGAUAUACAUGCACGACAUCAGCCAGACACGAAUUGGUGGCCUAGCCUCGCGACAUUUCCAGCUAUUUGAGAAGCUAUGCGGACACCAGAAUUAUGGACAGGUUGUGCUGGCCACGACGAAAUGGCUGAGGUCACCGAGCUGGGAUGAAGAGCAAAGAGAGUUGCAGCGCGAGAGCGAGCUUCGCAACAGGUACUGGAAAAACAUGAUAGAUCUUGGGUCGCAUGUCGAGCGCUGGGAUGGCACGGAAGCAAGCGCCCGGGGCAUCUUG